GGGAGGGGCCCACGAUACAGUGUUUUUUAUUUCUUUCUUUGUUUCACGUCCAGAAAGCAACAAUGCUGUAUAUUUGUAGAAAUGUCCAUAUCUGAUCGUUCGCCUGACAUUUUCGUUAUAAUUACCGGACUUGUAUCAGAACCGAAUCCACAGGAGGGAGGAUGAAGCGGCGCAAUGCGGACUGCAGCAAGCUCCGACGCCCGUUAAAACGGAACCGAAUCACCGAGGGUAUAUAUAGCAGUACGUUCCUGUACCUGAAGUUUCUGGUGGUGUGGGUGCUGGUGCUGCUGGCAGACUUUGUGUUGGAGUUCAGGUUUGAGUACCUGUGGCCCUUCUGGCUCUUCAUACGCAGUGUAUAUGACUCGUUCAGAUACCAGGGGCUGGCGUUCUCAGUGUUCUUUGUGUGUGUGGCAUUUACGUCUGACAUCAUCUGCCUCCUCUUUAUCCCUGUCCAAUGGCUGUUCUUCGCUGCCAGCACCUACGUCUGGGUCCAGUACGUCUGGCACACAGAGAGAGGAGUGUGUCUACCCACCGUAUCGCUAUGGAUACUGUUUGUUUACAUGGAAGCUGCCAUCCGCUUCAAGGACCUGAAGAACUUCCACGUGGACCUGUGUCGGCCCUUCGCAGCUCACUGUAUUGGCUACCCCGUGGUGACUCUGGGCUUUGGCUUUAAGAGCUACGUCAGCUACAGGAUGAGACUGAGGAAACAGAAGGAGAUGCAGAAGGAGAAUGAGUUCUACAUGCAGCUCCUACAGCAGGCUCUGCCCCCAGAGCAACAGAUGCUACAGAGACAGGAGAGAGAGGCAGAGGAGGGUGAGGCCCUCAGACUCUCUUUUCUCUCUGUCAGGGGUGAGUGUACUGACUCUCUUUUCUCUCUGUCAGGGGGUGAGUGUACAGACUCCCUGCGUGGGCGGAUCAGAGAGUUGGAGACGGAGUGUAAGAAACUCAGCAUCGACAUGAAACUCAAAGAAGAGCACAUUAGAGAGCUGGAGGGGAAAUGCCAGGAGCUGCGUAAGUACAAGGAGAAUGAGAAGGACAUGGAGGUGUUGAUGUCUGCGCUGUCGGCCAUGCAGGAUAAAACCCAGCACCUGGAGAACAGUCUGUCUGCUGAGACCAGGAUCAAACUAGACCUCUUCUCUGCCCUGGGGGACGCCAAGAGACAGCUGGAGAUCGCACAAGGUCAGAUCCACCAGAGAGACCAGGAGAUAGCAGAGUUGAAACGGAAGAUAGCUGAAGUGAUGGCGGUGAUGCCCAGUAUCUCCUAUAGCAACGACAGCAGCAGCCUGAGCCCGGUUACGCCACACUACUCCUCCAAGUUCAUGGACAAUAGUCCCUCUUCCCUGGAUCCCAACGCUUCUGUCUACCAGCCACUCAAAAAGUGACAAUGACACACACAUUAAUACACACUAACGCACACACACACACACUUACAAGAAUACAGAUUUACAAAAUACGGCUUACAUAGUCUCAUCCACUCAUACAUACAAAGACACAAACUCUUUGGAAGCGAUUGGAAAUGAUCUCGGUGCUGUCUAGGGCGAUCUUCUCCAAAGUGUUUUGGUUGUGUUUUGGGAACCAGUUGAGGUCGGAGUCUCAGCCCCGUCGUUCUGUUAUUCUCAGUUUGUUCCCAUGGUGAUGCCUUUGUGUUUUUUUUUGGGGGGGGGGGAACAGCUGGAGAGGUAAAACUACACGAGGGAAGAUGUUUAUGUUUUGUGAUUGAGCCACUCUGAUUUGAACUGGUAAGAGAGACGUAAAGGGACACCGGAUUGACUGUAUCCUGAAUGGCGCCCUAUUCCCUACUGCCCAUGAGGAAUGUUCUGAGGCGAGAGAGAGACCCGAUGAGGACUGACUGGUUAGUUGGUAUAAAUGUUUAGAAAGACCCAUCGUCUUGUUCUCUCUGUCUGUCUCUCAGUGCUUCAUGUUCUCUGUCUGUCUGGCAGUGCUUCAUGUUCUCUCUCAGUGCUUCAUGUUCUCUGUCUGUCUCUCAGUGCUUCAUGUUCUCUCUGUCUGUCUCUCAGUGCUUCAUGUUCUCUGUCUGUCUGGCAGUGCUUCAUGUUCUCUCUCAGUGCUUCAUGUUCUCUGUCUGUCUCUCAGUGCUUCAUGUUCUCUGUCUGUCUGGCAGUGCUUCAUGUUCUCUGUCUGUCUGGCAGUGCUUCAUGUUCUCUGUCUGUCUGGCAGUGCUUCAUGUUCUCUGUCUGUCUGGCAGUGCUUCAUGUUCUCUGUCUGUCUCUCAGUGCUUCAUGUUCUCUGUCUGUCUGGCAGUGCUUCAUGUUCUCUGUCUGUCUGGCAGUGCUUCAUGUUCUCUCUCUCUCUCUCUCUGUCUCUGUCUCUCUCUCUCUGUCUCUGUCUCUGUCUCUCUCUCUCUCUCUGUCUCUCUCUCUCUCUCUCUCUCUGUCUCUGUCUCUGUCUCUGUCUCUGUCUCUCUCUCUGUCUCUCUCUCUCUCUCUCUCAGUGCUUCAUGUUCUCUGUCUCUCUCUCUCUCUCUCUCUCAGUCUCUGUCUCUGUCUCUGUCUCUGUCUCUGUCUCUGUCUCUGUCUCUGUCUCUGUCUCUGUCUCUCUCUCUCUCUCUCUCUCUCUCUCUCUCUGUCUCUGUCUCUGUCUCUCUCUCUCUCUCUCUCUCUCUCUCUCUCUCUCUCUCUCAGUGCUUCAUGUUCUCUGUCUCUCUCUCUCUCAGUCUCUGUCUCUGUCUCUCUCUCUGUCUCUCUCUCUGUCUCUGUCUCUGUCUCUCUCUCUCUCUCUCUCUGUCUCUCUCUCUGUCUCUGUCUCUCUCUCUGUCUCUGUCUCUGUCUCUCUCUCUGUCUCUGUCUCUCUCUCUGUCUCUGUGUCUGUCUCUGUCUCUGUCUCUCUCUCUCUCUCUCUCUCUCUCUCUGUCUCUGUCUCUGUCUCUCUCUCUCUCUCUCUCUCUCUCUCUCUCUCUCUCUCUCAGUGCUUCAUGUUCUCUGUCUCUCUCUCUCUCAGUCUCUGUCUCUGUCUCUCUCUCUGUCUCUCUCUCUGUCUCUGUCUCUGUCUCUCUCUCUCUCUCUCUCUGUCUCUCUCUCUGUCUCUGUCUCUCUCUCUGUCUCUGUCUCUGUCUCUCUCUCUGUCUCUGUCUCUCUCUCUGUCUCUGUGUCUGUCUCUGUCUCUGUCUCUCUCUGUCUCUCUCUGUCUCUGUCUCUCUCUCUGUCUCUCUGUCUCUGUCUCUCUCUGUCUCUGUCUCUCUCUGUCUCUGUCUCUCUCUCUCUCUCUCUCUCUCUGUCUCUGUCUCUGUCUCUGUCUCUGUCUCUGUCUCUCUGUCUCUGUCUCUCUGUCUCUCUCUCUCUCUCUCAGUGCUUCAUGUUUUGUUCAGCAGGUUUUUGUCUCAGCUUAAUGUUAGUCUUUGUAUGAUGGGACUAUUACACUACUCUACAUGUUUUGCUUUUAAAUGCGAAGAAGCUGAAACAUUUGAAGUGGUAUCUUCUGUGAGUUUCAUUAUGAAUUGAAAAGUACAUGGUUGAUGUUUCGGUAUUAUUGCCAUUACUUAAAUAUGUGAUUUAGUUUUUUUUUUAAAGCAAUUUUUCACAAUUGGAUUGCCAAUGGAGAUGACCUGGUACUGUCUAAAGGUUAAGAGAUGACCUGGUACUGUCUAAAGGUUAAGAGAUGACCUGGUACUGUCUAAAGGUUAAGAGAUGACCUGGUACUGCCUAAAGGUUAAGAGAUGACCUGGUACUGCCUAAAGGUUAAGAGAUGACCUGGUACUGUCUAAAGGUUAAGAGAUGACCUGGUACUGUCUAAAGGUUAAGAGAUGACCUGGUACUUGUCUAAAGGUUAAGAGAUGACCUGGUACUGUCUAAAGGUUAAGAGAUGACCUGGUACUGUCUAAAGGUUAAGAGAUGAACCUGGUACUGUCUAAAGGUUAAGAGAUGACCUGGUACUGUCUAAAGGUUAAGAGAUGACCUGGUACUGUCUAAAGGUUAAGAGAUGACCUGGUACUGUCUAAAGGUUAAGAGAUGACCUGGUACUGUCUAAAGGUUAAGAGAUGACCUGGUACUGUCUAAAGGUUAAGAGAUGACCUGGUACUGUCUAAAGGUUAAGAGAUGACCUGGUACUGUCUAAAGUUAAGAGAUGACCUGGUACUGUCUAAAGGUUAAGAGAUGACCUGGUACUGUCAAGGUUAAGAGAUGACCUGGUACUGUCUAAAGGUUAAGAGAUGACCUGGUACUGUCAAGGUUAAGAGAUGACCUGGUACUGUCUAAAGGUUAAGAGAUGACCUGGUACUGUCUAAAGGUUAAGAGAUGACCUGGUACUGUCUAAAGGUUAAGAGAUGACCUGGUACUGCUAAAGGUUAAGAGAUGACCUGGUACUGUCUAAAGGUUAAGAGAUGACCUGGUACUGUCUAAAGGUUAAGAGAUGACCUGGUACUGUCUAAAGGUUAAGAGAUGACCUGGUACUGUCUAAAGGUUAAGAGAUGACCUGGUACUGUCUAAAGGUUAAGAGAUGACCUGGUACUGCCUAAAGGUUAAGAGAUGACCUGGUACUGUCUAAAGGUUAAGAUAUGACCUGGUACUACCAAGGUUAAGAGAUGACCUGGUACUACCUAAAGGUUAAGAGAUGACCUGGUACUGUCUAAAGGUUAAGAGAUGACCUGGUACUGUCUAAAGGUUAAGAGAUGACCUGGUACUGCCUAAAGGUUAAGAGAUGACCUGGUACUGUCUAAAGGUUAAGAUAUGACCUGGUACUACCAAGGUUAAGAGAUGACCUGGUACUGUCUAAAGGUUAAGAGAUGACCUGGUACUGUCUAAAGGUUAAGAGAUGACCUGGUACUGCCUAAAGGUUAAGAUAUGACCUGGUACUACCAAGGUUAAGAGAUGACCUGGUACUGUCUAAAGGUUAAGAGAUGACCUGGUACUGUCUAAAGGUUAAGAGAUGACCUGGUACUGUCUAAAGGUUAAGAUAUGACCUGGUACUACCAAGGUUAAGAGAUGACCUGGUACUGUCUAAAGGUUAAGAGAUGACCUGGUACUGCCUAAAGGUUAAGAGAUGACCUGGUACUGCCUAAAGGUUAAGCAAUGUCAUCUGUUUGCUGCAAAUGCACUCAAACCUGUCUAUCCUUUUGGACCAAAUUAGAAUCUGUCGUUAGGCCAUAUUACUAAAAAAAACUACUGGAUUUAAUGAUGUCUAGGUAACUGAUGUUUACCAGUUGUAAAUUUCACUGUGCCUUGCAAAUUCUUUUUAAAAAUGUGUUUAUUUAAGUAGUGAGUAUAAUAGGUUACUUCCCCAAUCUAGAUAUAGGACCUGGGCUGUCUCAAUAGUGUAAGGGUGCCUUCUUUCAUUGUACCUCUCCUUCGUGAUCUCUGAUCUGGCAGGUGGAAGCAACAUAUGGUGAAAGCCUCUCACCUAUCAUGAAGGAAAGGAGAUGAAAGAAGGAAGCCAGUGUAGUAGAUUGAGAUAUCUCCCAUGCAGCCCCAGUCUCCUUUAUAUUAAGCCCAAUGCUCUUAGACACCGGUCAGUGUUGUCUUAAAAAGGAACGGAAUUGAUUUGGUAUAUGAAUUAACCUGGUCUGCCAAACAACAGCCAAACAGCUUGUUAAAUAUGCCUACCUGGUCAGGUCAAGGGGUCAGUAGUAACUCCAGGCUCUUAUGUCCACUACUACGGUGGCCCAGAGUGGACAUCUAUUUGUUUACAACCAAGGUUGGGGGUAAAUUCCAUUUCAAUUCAGGAAUUUGGAAUUUCAGCAAUCGUCAAUGCUUUUUAAUGAGGAAACAUUUGGAAUUGUAAUUUGGUUUUAACUUUCUGAUUUGAAAUGGAAACGACCCCCCCCCCCCCCCCCCACCCUGUUUACAACCAUGUACAUUAUUACAUACCGAUGAAUGUUAUCGUUUGUUCAGUUCAAAGUGCUGCGAUUUGGUGUUUUCUUAAUGCAUCCCUCUCCAUUCAUUAGGUUGACGUAUCUCUAGCUUGCUUUAGGUUUGGAUAAAAGCAUCAGAGCAUAGCUACACGUUGUUGUGUUCAUAUAUUUGACUUUUUUUUGGGGGGGGGGGGGACAUUCGGUUCUGUCCCAGAUCUGUUUGUGUUCUUCCCAACUCCUUAUGUAGUCGUCAUGCAAAACAAUUGGCUUGAAAGAACAAACAAAAAAACAUACAUUUUGAGUUGGCAAGAGCACAAACAGAUCUGGGACCAGGCUAAUCUCUUUCCAACUGGGAUGAUGAUGAUGAUGAUGAUGAUCGUGUGAAGUCUUGUAUUGGGGAAGUUACACCCUGCCCACUGGGCACACGCUUGUUGAAUCGACGUUGUUUCCAUGUCUUUUCAAUUACAUUACGUUGAGCCAACGUGAAAUAGACGUUCAGUUGACAUCUGUGCAGUUUGAUACCGUGGGUUUUUAUUCGUUUUUGCUGUAGGGGUGAAGUUGCCCCUAGAUACUGAUUCUGGGUCAGUUUUACGUUUAUCCACUAAUUGUUAAAAUUUGGAUUAGGGGAGCGGAAUCUGAUUCUGGGUCAGUACCUAGACUAAACUUGACCCCUGGCGUUUUCUCAUGUUUCCUACCUGGAAAGUAUUGGUGUGGAUCACAGUAACGGACUUGUGACCUGUUGUGAAGAUGCUCUAUGUGUUUUAGUGGGAAAGUGGUUGUUUUUGUUGUUCCACCAUGUUGUUUUCUCAUCUCAAAGUGAUGAUGAUGAUGAUGAUGAUGAUGAUGUCGGCUGAGUCCAAACUUCUCUCACUUUGGGGCCGUCACCUGGAAUAAAAAUAUUUUAAAAAGAGUCUUGCAGGCGAUGAUGCAAGCUGAUUGAGAACAA